AUGACAGAGAAGGAGGCUUACAAGAAGUACCUGGCGCAGCCCACUGUUACUCGCCAGGUCAAAUCAACAUGCAGCAACCACCAGGCCAUCAACAAUGCAAGUCAGAAUCACACAGGCUGUGAUGCAACUGGCAUUGCAGCAUUUGCCUGCCCCCGAUCAGGCGCCUUCAUUCCAGGCAGCGUUGUUGACUUUCAGAAGGGCGAGCGCCAGCUGAACAUCGACUAUGCUCUUUGUGAGGCGCUGAAGAACAUGGGACUGAAUGGUUUGGACGAUAUCAUGAUCAUAUAUGACGUGAUGUCCCCCCUCACCACCGCUCAAGUCCAAUUAAAGCUGAUGGACCAGGAGCGCCUUUCGAUGGGCAGUACAGGUCAAACAUCUUGGAUUGCAACAGGACUCAAAAUUGAGGAGACACAGAUUGAACUAAGGUUUCUCAUUCGGCGUACUGGAAAAAAACCAACUAUCCUGCAGAAAGUUGACAUUGCUAAGAGGAGGGAAAGGUUAAGAGUGAGAAUCGAUGCUUUCAACAAGACGGGAAUGACCUUUUUAGCAUGGAACCCGGCAUUAAAUGAAAAUCAGCUGUUGCUUCAUGAAGAGUUUGAUAUGGACAAUGUUCUGCAGAUGGACGAUGAUCUGGCCGAGUCAAAUUUCAGUGGCAGCGCGCCUGAUAUCAUGGUGGUCACCGCCACAAAGGUUGCACAAGCCCAGGCAGCGGCGCUUGCUGCGGCUGAAGCUGUUGAACAUGUGAAACUAGCCUUGCCGUCAGCCAUGGGAGAAGAGCACCUUCAGGCUCAUGGAUUACAACAUUUUUUGUCCAAAGAAUAUCAGUUGCGCCAAGGGCAAGCGAACGAUGCUCUUCAAGGCGUCCGAGUGUCACUGGCGAAUUUGUCUUUUGAAUAUGGAAGAAAGCUUCGAAAAAUCAAAAAAAGUAAAGUCAAGAAAACAAGGGCAUGGGCGACGGUGCACGCUGUUGGGCGAACGCUUCAUCAUCAUCACCAGAUUUACUCCUAUGCCAUCGAUGCCAUUUCAAGAUUGGGCGACCCAGAGAAGAAGAUAGGGCGCCAGUAUAAACCGCUCUUGAAGGAGGACAUGAAGGCAAAUACUGCAGUAGCAGACCCGAAUGUGCGAGGGCAAAGUAGGGCAAAGCCAGCCUGGUUUUGGAGUUCCAACUUGGCAGGCGAUAUGCAGGACAAGGAACGGAUGGUAGAUUCAUCGCAUCAAUUGGCUUCGGGCCAGGGCCAGGUUUCACAGAUGGAGAGAAGAAUUCAACCUGUUGUCACAUGA